AUGGCGGCGACGGCGAACGGCGGCCACUGGAGCUAUGCGGUGCCCUUGGAGGAGACCGAUGGCAAUGCCAGGCCUCACACUCAACGCAGAGAGGUCGAUUCAGAUGCAAAGAGCAUUCCCAAGCGGAACAGCGCCUGGGACCUGCAAUCCGACAGCGAGGCGGCGAAGCACCGAAGGACUUCCUUACGAGCAAACAACAACGCCGCGGGGCGGAAGCGUUCGCGGAAUGCGUUGCGGGAGAAGCGACAGCAGGAUGAGAAAGCUGAUCAGGGCCGAGUGAACGACUCGGCGUGGAUACACCGGGACAAGUUAGCCCAGAUUGAGAUUCAAGAGAUGGCGGAGGCGGGCAUUUACGUGCGUCCCUCGCGACGUUCAGUCAGUGCAGGUCCUGGACGCGAGAAUGGCAGAACCUCACGCUCGGCCAGUCGCGCGGGCGGUAGUCGUCCUGGAAGUCGCACCAGUCACGAUCGGCAAAACGAGAUACUCAACGAUGAGGACUACACCAAUGCGUAUCCUGGAUAUGAUGAGUCUCCACGCAAACGUGUCUCUACGGUCCCCUCAGCGCCAGAAGAGGAGGCGCCACAGGAGCAGGAGCAAGAGUUCGUUCCACCUCGGGACUUCGAACUUCGGCAGCCUCAAGAAGUCGCGGAAGAGCAGUACACACACCGACAGCACAUGGUCCGCCCAAGUACCUCGCGUAUACCAGUAUCACGAGUCAGCCCUGUACCGGUGCCGCAGACAGUGACGGACAGGGACUCGCCUCUUCCUCGCUCUCGAGCUGGAAGCCAGAAUUGGAGCGGUAGCUUUGACGAGAUGCAAUACGCACGGCAAAUCCGAAGCCCGAGCAUCAGCAGUCAGGUGCUGCUUGAUGCAGAGCAGGAUGGGUCAAAGAUCACGCCUCCAGGCAGCUCGAACAAGACCUCAUCGAACGAUGAGAAUUCGCCGCCUAAAUCGCGAGUACCGAGGAAAGGGGCACCAACGGGGCGUAAGACUUCCACUUCUUCAGCUGUUCGACCUGGAUCAUCGCACCAGAAUGGAAAACGCGCCCCUUCGGCGACCGCAACCAAGCGGCCAGGCUCCAGCUCUGGGCACAAAUCUCGGCCAUCGACUGGACGGCAUUCACCACCCGAAGGCGAGGCUCCUUGGAUUGCAACUAUGUACAAGCCGGAUCCACGACUUCCACCCGACCAGCAAAUGCUACCGACUCAUGCAAAGAGAAUGGCACAAGAGCAGUGGGAGAAAGAGGGCAAGACGGGCACCGUCUAUGAUCGAGACUUCAAGCUGCUGAACGAUGAAGACAUGAGCAAGCCAAAGGGACCUGUUCUAUCGCUCGAAAGCCACAACCUCCAGCCUCUAGCACAACGAAGUCCGUCACCGAAGAAAGACAGGACAUCUCCGAAUGGGUCUGCAACUGGACAUGGACCUUGGCCUCUGAGUCCGUCGAAGAGCGACACCAAGAGCGACAAUGGCAGUGUUCGACCAGGUACUAGCGGUGGCUACAAGAUCACACCGACCAUUGCCAACACGCCGACGAUCCAACGCUCGCCUGCGCCCUCACCUGUUCCUCCAGCUCCUGCGCCUGUAAUUGCUCACAACGCCACCCCACGAAUACCCGAUAUUGACGAAAAAGAAGAAGCGAAGCCCAAGAAGGGCUGCUGCUGUGUCGUCAUGUAA